UGGGCAUACAUAGGUACCUCAAUUUCGACACUUCGAAGGAUGGAGUGGUGAUGGAAGCGUGGGAUAUGCAUUUAGACACUGUAUGCAAUUAAACCAGUAUCGAAGCCCCUGUUCCUGCACCAUUCAGCCGGGACAGCCCUGGGUCUUCGCCCCACUUCCCCAGUUUCCCGUCCCUUGCUUCUAGAGCUCCAGCUGUCAGCAGCGGUCUGGACCACGACAUCCCAACCCAAACAACCAUCGCAGCUGGGUUGCUUGAACGCCAUCACUAUCCUCGUCGCACCAUGUGCCCCAGUUAGCAGAAGAAUCCUCCUAUAUUACAAUCAGAGAGCACACCAAACCUCUUGGAUACCCUCGCCCGUAUUCUUGUGGCACCAUGGCGUCCGCUCUCCACGAAGUCACGCCCUUCUUGGUGAUACUGAUACUGAUUGCUACCCUUGGGCCCCUCCAGUUUGGCUUUCACUUGGCUGAGCUCAACGCACCUGAAGAUGUUAUCACCUGCCAAAAGAAAAGCAUUUCGGCGCUUCAGCAGCUGGCCUCUCUUGUUAUUACCAAGAGUAGCUCAUCCGACGAUGUUGUGGACUGUAUUCCCAUGAGCCGUUCCGACUUUGCCGCCAUCUCGGCCGUCUUCACCGUCGGCGGCCUUCUCGGCGCCCUCACUUCCGGCCCUUUUACGUCGGCACGCGGGCGCAAGCUCCCCAUGCAAUUGACGGCCGCCUUUUACUUGCUUGGAUCCAUCGUCGAAACCUCUGCAGGCUCUGUUCCCACCAUGAUCAUUGGUCGUUUUCUCACGGGUGUUGGGGCCGGUGCCAGCACUGUCAUCGUUCCCUUGUACAUCAGUGAAGUGGCACCACCAACACAGAGAGGUUUCUUUGGCGCCUUCACCCAAAUCAGCAUCAACGUCGGUAUUUUGUUCACUCAAACUCUGGGCUUCUUCCUGAGUUAUGGAAGUGCUUGGCGAUGGAUUAUGGGCACCGGCGUUAUCAUUGCUCUUGCUCAAGGUCUUGGUUUGGCUCUUCUCCCCGAAAGCCCAGCUUGGACUGCUAGUGCCAAGGGCGACGUCACCCACGCUCGGCGUGUUCUGCAGCGCAUUCGCGGCAGGGUUAGCAACAUUGAUGAGGAAGUGGAAAGUUGGGGCCAAGGGGCCAGCAAGCCAACUAGUGAGGAGGAAGCGCUGCUUGUCAGCAAUGAAAGCACCUCGGCAGACGCCUCUGGACUCUUGACGCCAUCAGCUGGUGCCCAGCACUCCCCUCGGGUACAUCUUGGGUUUCUACAAGUCCUUCGUGAUCCCUUCACCAGGCCCGCCAUCAUUGCGGUUGUAGGUAUCAUGUUCGCCCAGCAACUGUGCGGCAUCAACUCCAUCAUCAUGUACUCCGUUUCGCUGCUCAAGGACCUUCUCCCCAUCAGCUCCGCUUUGCUCACCAUCGUCAUCUCCAUCAUCAACCUCGGCGUAACUAUGGCUGCUUCUCCUCUUCCCGAUCGUUUUGGACGCAAGACCUGCCUGCUGACUUCCAUUAUGGGACAAGGUACUAGCUCUUUAGCCCUGGCUCUUGCGAUCCAUUUCGACGUCAAGAUCUUGUCUGCCAUUGCCGUCUUAUUUUUUGUGGCCUUCUUCGCUGUCGGCCUAGGCCCAGUCCCGUUCAUCAUGGCCUCUGAGCUCGUGGGCCCGGAGGCUGUGGGGGCGACGCAAAGCUGGGCUCUGGGUGCAAGCUACGUGGCUACCUUCCUCGUGGCGUACUUGUUCCCCAUUGUCAACGCUGCGUUGAACGAUGCGUUUGGUGGUGCCGGUUGGGUGUACUUUAUCUUUGCAGGAUUUGCCCUUCUAUGGGCCGCAUUUGUGAGCGGCCGUGUUCCCGAAACUCGCGGGCGGAAGGAUGCAGACGAAGUCUGGGGCCGUACGAGAAGGGUCGACUGAUUGGAUAUAGCAAUGGACCAUAGGUAUAGGUAUGGCAAGCAAGUUGGGAGUUUGGAGUCUGGGCAUUUAGUUUGCUUUAUAUCUGCAAUUUUCCUUUUUUCCCCCGCUACCUAGACUAACAUUUGAACAACUUUGUUACGAUCUUUGGAACAUGCGCUUGUUGCGGACCAUUUGUUCAAGCAAGCCAACCCCAGCCUUGACACCAUCGAUGACAAGCAACUUCUUUCCAGCCUCUUCACCACGCCCUUCAGUGGCAACUGACCUGAUGAUGUCCUCCAGACCAGCCAUUCCCGCGCAACCCAUGACUACAGCCUGCACGCCACGGUCCAGCAGUCUCUUCGUAGCUUCGCAUAGCUUUUGUCGAACCACGACAGGAUCAACGCCACCGUGGAAAUCCCCAGCAUUCAGACCAGUGGUCUCGACACCGGCAAAUCUGCUGUUGCUGUUUUCACUUCCAACGAAGUGGUGCACGCCGUCAGACAGGUGCUUCUCCCAGAACUUCCCGGUCGUGACGAUGCCCCAAUUGUCUUGGUAGGGCAGCAGUGACAGCGACGUUACGAUGCUCGCUUCAAAAAUGCCCGUCACAGCAAGAUGGGGCCAGUUUUCCUGGAUGAAAUGGACCAGAGGGUGCACGGAAUAGCAAGCAACCAGUACGGCAUCAUAUUCCUUGAGGAUGCCCGUCUCUUGGAGGUUGCGCAGAACAACGUCUGCGCUCUGCUGCACGUCAUCACCGUCGUUGAUGGAUGCUGGAGAUGCUGGUGGUGCUGUGUAGGUGUAAAUCUCGGUCGACUGGUUCUGCACUGUUAGAGAUUUGGGCACGCGGUAUACUCCAUGAACAUAGGUCAAGUGACAUGCACAUACCAAAGGUAGAUUUAUACCCCGGAUGGCCUCCUCAACCCCAUUGGUCAUGGAUGCAGAGGAGUUGGGGUUCAAGAUCAGGAUCUUGGUGGUGCGUCUAACAAAAGCGGUUGACAUGGUGGCUGUGGUAUCGUAAUCUCUAGAUAUAUCGAGAUGGUU